GAGCAGCCAUGCUCCCCGGGGUGGGCGUGUUCGGCACCAGCCUCACGGCCCGUGUCAUCAUCCCGUUGCUGAAAGACGAGGGCUUCGCGGUGAAGGCGCUGUGGGGCCGCACGCAGGAAGAAGCCGAGGAGCUGGCCAAGGAGAUGAGCGUUCCCUUCUAUACCAGCCGCAUCGAUGAGGUGCUCCUGCACCAAGAUGUGGACUUGGUGUGCAUCAACCUGCCUCCGCCUCUUACCAGGCAGAUCGCUGUCAAAACCCUGGGUAUAGGCAAGAACGUCAUCUGUGACCGCACUGCCACGCCCCUGGACGCCUUCCGCAUGACGUCGGCCGCCCACUACUACCCCAAGCUCAUGAGCAUCAUGGGCAACGUGCUGCGCUUCCUGCCCGCCUUCGUGCGCAUGAAGCAGCUGAUUGAGGAGGGCUACGUCGGGGAGCUGCUGGUGUGCGAGGUGCAGGUGCACAGCGGCAGCCUGCUGGGGAAGAAGUACAACUGGAGCUGCGACGACCUGAUGGGCGGCGGCGGCCUGCACUCCGUGGGCACCUACAUCAUCGACCUGCUCACCUUCCUCACCGGCCAGAAGGCCGUCAAGGUCCACGGGCUGCUCAAGACCUUCGUCAAGCAGACAGACCACAUCAAGGGCAUCCGGCAGAUCACCAGCGACGACUUCUGCACCUUCCAGAUGGUGCUGGAGGGCGGGGUGUGCUGCACCGUCACCCUGAACUUCAACGUGCCCGGCAAAUUCAAGCAGGACGUGACGGUGGUGGGCUCCGCCGGGAGGCUGCUGGCAGUGGGCACGGACCUGUACGGCCAGCGCAACAGCGCCCCGGAGCAGGAGCUGCUGCUGCACGACACCACGUCCGUGAGCAAUUCCCUGCUGCCGGAGAAGGCCUUCAGCGACAUCCCUUCGCCCUACCUGCGGGGCACCAUGAAGAUGAUGCAGGCCGUGCGCCAGGCCUUCCAGGAUCAGGAUGACCGGCGCACGUGGGACGGACGGCCUCUUACCAUGGCUGCCACCUUCGACGACUGCCUUUACGCGCUCUGCGUGGUGGACACCAUCAAGAGGUCCAGCCAGACUGGAGAGUGGCAGAACAUCGCCAUCAUGACGGAGGAGCCAGAGCUGAGCCCCGCCUACCUGAUCAGUGAGGCCAUGCGCAGGAGCAGGAUGUCCCUUUACUGUUAGCACCGGGACACGGUGGACUCAACCUGUUGCGUGGGGCCGGUUAGCGGGAACUGCACUGUGUGGAGUGGGGAGCCGUGGGUGGGGAUCAUGGGAGGGGCAGCAUGAAUGCACAGCAUGUUAGAAGGCGGUCCCCAUCUCAGGUAGACGGCCCCGGUCAAAGGUGGUGAUGGUCCGUCCGGCUCUCAUAUUCAGGAGGGCGUGCCAUCCUAACUGGGUAUCUGACGAGAAGAAGGAAGUUUAGCUAGCAUCUUUGCAGUCCAUUACUGUGAGAAACGAGGAGCCGCCCUACCUCAUCCAUCCACGUACCUUGGCCUUCUUGGUAAGCCAAGGCUGUGUAUCAGAUGACAAGCUAGCUCACGGGGAGCUAGGCUCUCCAUCAGCGCCCCCCACUGGCAGGAGAGGAUACUUCAUCAAAUGCCUACACAGGGUUUUUUGGGGGGUAUAGGGAGGUGGAGGAGGUAGCGGGACUGGGGAGAAAGUUCUAAUUCCGGGAAGGCACUGUGUGUUUUACUUUAAGGGUCUGAAGGAUUGCUCUGUCUCCUAGGAAGCAUUGGCUGUAAGUGGCACAGUGGUCGUCUGUAAUGGAGAGCAAAUACGGUGGUAAGAUGUAUCUCUGAGCUGGCCAAGAUGACAGGCUGCAAGGGGCUACUUCAGAGCCCUCCUUCAGCAGGGACCAGGAGGAGCGGCAGUCACGUGUUCCUGCUGCCAGGCUCUCUAGGCGGUGCUAAGAACGCCACGUGUGGCCUGGGCUUGACUGUAGCCUCCUGCCCGGGUGGGGACAGCCGCAACCCUGGGUGUUGCAGAAUGAGCUUCCCAAAAGAAGGGAACACGAGCCCUGCCCCAGAGUUGCUUUAAGCCCUGUCAGCCAAGCUGAAGAGAGACGUUUAGAACUCCCAGCUUUGUAGGUUUUAAACAGGAAGUCUUUAGUUCUACCCCAUAGAUUCCCUUUCUUUUAGGAAGAGUCAAGGAAGAGGCAAGGGUUUUCUCCUUACCUUUGGCCUUGGCUUUCAGGAUUCUGACAGCUGGAAACUUUUAAAUAGGCAUCAAAACAAAAAGCCAGAAGGGAGCAUAAGUCUCGGUGUUUCUAAAAUGGGGAUUUAGAGCCCAGAGAAGGGUAUACAUAAAUGGAGAAGGUUCAAGUUGGUAGAAAGAAAAAAACAAAAACAAAACAAAACAUUUUUUACUUCCUCUUCUGGUCUCCUUGUCUUUUUACUCUUUAUUUGAAAAUAGUAAUGGCCAAGUACUAGCUUAGAAGUAGGCAGAGAAAAGCCUAUUGUCACACAGAAAGGACACCUUUGUAAAUGUUUCCAAGUAUCACUAAAAUAGUCUUUAAAAUUUGAGUCUGGUCUUGAAAGAAAGGUCAAAUCAUAUGCAUUUUGAAAAUGCGGAGUUGUCUUUUUCUUGGCUGGCUAUGGUAACCUUCACCAGGUACAUGGCAGUUUUGAGGCUGGGUUUGUAGACUGGUCUCUGUAAGUAAUCUGCCUAGAGUCCAGUCAGUGCUCCUGCCUGAGGCCCUGUUAAUUCACAGAGACAGUCACACUGGAGCUCACAUACCCACACCAGUGUGUGAAGGCCAUUUUCUAGCACCAAGGGGCAGGUGUUGCCUUGCUAGGAACCCUUGUCCAUCCUGGGGCCCUCAGCUAAACCUUCCAUGGCUCUGUUUGGUUGCUAUCCUUCAUGGCCAGCGUUCCAGGUUUACAGUUAUCAGAUCAAAAUGCUAAUCUGUGCAUAUGGCCACAUCAUAGAUUUUGGGGAGAGGGGUUCUUGUUCUCCUAAAUUGCUCUCUAGGGAAGUAAUCUCCCCCCAGCUACCCUGAAAAGCUAUGAUUAAGGAUGAAAUCAGAGGCAUAGUUGAUAAGUCUAUGAAGUUCGCUUUUCCAAGUCAUUUACCUAAGCAGAUAUUCUUGGAAGUUCAAUUCUUGUUUUUCUACUUCCCCCUGAUAGUUGAGAUUUUUCCUCUCAUCUCUGUGACAAGCAUGCAGGAUCUAAAACAGAAAACUCUCAUUUGAGGCUAAGGGAUAUAGAAAGAAUAUGUAGUCUUUGAAAGAAGCAUGAGAAAGUAGUAAGUGUCCUGAAAUCUUAUCUACUGGAAUGCAUGUGGUGGAAACAGGAGGGAGAGAGGAGUAGGCCAUUCUUUGAAUGUAAAAAUGACAACAGAUGGGUUCAGAAGCUUCUCUAGUGCUCCUUCAGCCUUUGAUUUUCCAUGCAAAUUCUUGAUCGGUGGCAGCAAUGAGGCCAAAAUCCCAAGCUCUCUCAACAUUCUGCAGACUGACUUUGAUCUAAGUCCUGGCAAUAACCCAGCCUCUUUCUAACUUCUUUUACAUGGUUUAAAGGUCUAAUGGAACAAAGGCUGUUAGGGGCCUUUCUGUUCAGUUUCCCCUUGCCUUUCUUUCUCCCAUCAUUUUAUACACACUGCUGAUGGCCUCUACAAAAGCCCCAGUUCCAAGAGAUUUUUAAGCACACACACACACAUACAAACUUCCAAGAGAUUUUUAAGCACACACACAUGUACAUACAUACAUACAUAUAUACAAACAACAUACAUAUAUACAUUCUUCCAACAGAUUUUUAAGCACACACACAUAUAUACUGCAUACAUACAUAUACACACACAUACAUAUACUCACACCACACAUAAGUGUUUGGGAGUGCCCUGGGUUUAUCUGCAAAGUUUGGAGUCUAGGACCCUGUGGUCCCUGUCAGUUCCCCCAAGACCUUUCCUCUCAGUGGUUAAAGUUGCAUCAUGGGAUUCCUUCAAAGAAUCUUACUUUUCCUGGCAGCAGCACGUCUGUCAAUGUCAGGCCUUGUGAGCGCCCGAGGUACGAUGUCACCUGGCUCGCCCACUCCAUGCAGAGUAUUGUAGACGUACUGUCUUAUUAGCUAUAAAAGCAGCACUGGGUACUGUCUCCCUUCCUCUGAGUGUGUGUGAAACAUGGCCAAAGCCACACAGUGAGUGCACAAACCACAGUCUGUACUUGUGUUGCUCUUGCCAGGAAAAGCAUUCCUCAUGAAGUCCAGCAGGAGGAGGCGUGCUCCCACCUCAAGGGGCAAGUGUGAGAAGAGUGGCCCGAGAGCCACAACACUGUCCUGCUAAGCAGGAUGCCAGGUCUGAUGUCCUGCCAGUAGGGUGGCAGUUACAAGAAGUCACUGGUUUUCCUUGCUCUUCCUAAGUGGAAAUGUCACUCAGCUGCUUUUAAGAUGGAUUUUCCUGUGUAGACUUUUAACUGUUAGUGACUCAGCAGCCCUUAGUCCUGGGGACUUUAAGCAUUGUUGGCUGUGUUGGAUGGCCUUGGAGUUUGUUGCUGGGGCCUGAGUGUAACACAGGAAGCCAUCUUUUCCCAGGAAGCUGGGGGUAGGGAGGGGCUAUAGGGUUUGUCUGGGGCUUGGGUUUUAGCUGUGCAUUGUACCAUCAGAUUCUUUCUUACUUCGUCUUGCCCAGUGGCUGUAGCUAUCGACUUUGACCUGUGGUUAUGAAUUAGGUUUCUGAUCUGGCCUCCUUUUCCAGCAGGGGCUGGAGGAAAUCUGCUUUGUUGAUGAUGCCCUGGGGAGAAAGUCGACCCAAUUUCGUAUGAAAGAACUUCAGAGUGUCCUCUGUCAAACUCUUCUCUUCACAUCCCAGAGAGGAACGUAAAGGCCAUGGUCACCCCCACUUCUUUAGUGGCAGAUCCAGGGUUGAGGAGCACAUUUUCCCAAUUCUCAUUUUCCUCCUGACGUAUUGCCCCUUCAGGGCUACCGUGCAGGGAGGGGAGGCUCAUCCAGGUAAUCCAGCUGACUGGUUGAUAGAGAAGUCAGAAUGAGGGCUCAGACCCACACUGGACAGUAUUCACUGAGCUGGGACAGGCAAUUCUGCAAACAUGUUGUAUGUUAGGGAUAGAACCCCGGGCUUUUUGCAUGCUAGGCGAGCUCUCUACCACUCAGCCACACCUCUAGCCUCCAUUAAGUCUUCAAAGUAUUCAGAAUGCCUUGUGACUAUAUCAGAAGGGUUCUAACAUGCAUCCUUAUGGAGAGGGACUUAGAGUCAGAUGUCCACCCUGAGGAGGACUUGGGACCCAUUUCAUCAUGGCCUGCUGUCCCACUGCUGGAUUUGGAUCUUCACUCUGACCAGCCUGUGACUCUUGCUCCAUCCACUGGUGGUUUCUGUUGACUACCAAACCCCAGAGCUUACAGGACAGGUUAAUGACACAGGGGAACUUAUUGGGGGAAAACAGCACCUGCCAGGCCAUCCUAUUCAUGUCCUUUGGGCAAGGGAGGAAGAAGGGAAGUUUCUGGAGUCUGCCAUUUGGCUCCAGGGUGGUCUCCAGCGCUUGUGUUGUCCCGCUGGCCCGCCCUGGCCAGCCUCUGGCAGGCGGAUUGUGCCGAGUUUAGCUGUGUCUUCUAGGACUUGCCUGCAGCGGUGUUAAGUCCUCCUGUGCAUCUCUGAGGGGUCAGUGGUCUCCUGGGAGCUUGUCACUGUGAGUGACCGCAUCAGUAAACCCGACUGGCCUUUUUCUCCCCUGCAUCAGGGUCCUUAUGUGCUGGAGCCCUUGAGUGGGCCGCCGAAGCCUCUGGCUCUCUUCCAGGCUACCGAAGUGUUGCACUACUGAAUACGCUCAAAUCUGCUGCAGCCUUUUGUUUACACCAGCGGAGAACAGAGUGAUAAAAAAGACCAUCCUAGUUGAAAUGCUUGAUGCUUAGUGCAGCCAUCAAAGCUCGCCUGGGCCAGUAAAGCAGGGAUGUCAUCACGGCCAUGGAGUCACCGUGUCACUGUUGUCUCCUGUGCCCUGUGGAGCUCUCUGCUGUCCCCUGCAGCUACCACAAGGGCUAGGCUGUUCAAUGAGCCCCAUGGCUUCUAAGAAAUGCAAUGGCUUAUUUGUAGUGCUGAGUGACAUCCCAGGUGAAGAAGCAAAAGCCUAGGUCCUGACCUGCUCCUUUAUUCUGCCCUAUCCCUUGUCUAGGGGAGGGAGAACUUUCUAGCAGUUAUGGCUUUGUUUGCUGCCUGGUGCUUUUAUAGUAUGUCAUUUGUUUUCAUUUCCUUUUGUAAAACAAAAAUUGCAUUGGUUUGGUUGUAAUUAUCUAGUGUGUAUUUAUUGUUUUACAAACAUGAGUACAUAUGUAUGUAUAUGUAUAAAACCAAACUUAUAUAUAAAAAAGUCAAGGCAUGUAUACUAGAUAUUUUAAAGUUAUUUAUCAAAGGGAAAGAUGUGUGUUAUAAAGUAAAACAGAGUCUAUAUUUUAUAUAUAAUGUAGAUAGCAAAAAAAUAGCUUAUAAAUUAUAGAAGGUUUUACUUUUUGUUUUCUAUUAUUAAACAUAAAAAGGGAAAGAAUUUUAAGAGAUAAAGGACAAUGACUGCAACAGUACUUCGUGUUUUCAAGGCAAAUCAUAUGGAGUUGGAGGUGGCCUGCACACGCUCUGGUGGUUGGGAUCUGCAGUUCAGGCUCCUGAGUGGCUGAUACCCAUGGGCACCUGUGUGAUUCUCUGGGCCAGGGCAUGUAUGCUCAGCCAGCUGCCUGGGCUGCUCUGAUAUUGCUUCCAGCUGUUCAUGGAUGGCUUGAGUGUUGGUGGCAGAAAAGAUGAAAGCGGCAAAUAAAGUCUUUAAAGAAGA